AUGACCGUGCGGCUGAUCCUUCUCCUCCUGCUCUGGUCGGCGAUAUCAGGCUCCUAUGCGGCUGAGACGUCUACGUGCCUGACUGUCUACAAGGAGGGUGGAGCGCCGGCUGUCUUCCGAUCCCCCAGGUGCCCCCGGUGGACUCUCUUCCACGAGGAGGACCAUGGGCGGGGUCGCUGGUACGGCCAGGUGACGAACUGCCAGCUAGCGAUGCACCAGGGGCGGAGGAGGUCUCAGGAGGACCGCGCCGUGUGCGCCUUCAACGUCCGCAUCCCGUCCAUCGGUACGUCUGCGUGGUAUUUGUCUCUGAUUUGCUUUGAUCACAAUUAUUACCUAAUAAAGUUUGUGUUCCGUGGACGAAAUGGGGAAAUCCGUUAGCGAAAUUCUUCUCGACUUUUAUUUAUUCAUUUUUUUCGCCUUAGUUGGGAAAAAUAUUCAACUCUACGCAUACCAUACUGCUAAAAUUAUAUGUGAAAGAAUGAUGGUUGUGUGGUUUUGUCUGCAGAUGCCCUAUUCUAAAAUGAUGGUAGUCAAACCAUUUAAUCAUUCAAGUAGCGAUAUCUCUGGAACGAUCACAGAGCUGCUGUAAAGUUCAACAAGAAAGAAACGAGUGACUGGAAUUUAGAACGAAGAUGACAAAAUUUUGUUGUCGCUGUGCGCUGUAGGCUUGCCGAUUUCCUUCUCAAAUACUUGAUAUCCCACUUUUCUUUGAUAAAUAAACACAGUAGAACAUUUGACGUAGUUACUUCAGAAAUUUGAUUCAAAUUGGAUUCUAGCUUCCUUCAGAGAGAGGAAAAAGAGUGCAUGGUGUUCAUAAGGCCUUAAUAGGAGUAUGUUGCAAGCAUUUGUAGAAUAUUUUUUUCCAUGUUUUCCUUUUUAUUUAUUUUAUUGUAAGCCACAUCUUGUAUCUUUUAUUUCUGUCCUUACAUCAUUAGUGAAUUAUAUUUUGAUCGUUGAGGGCUCCACAGAUGUCUUGUGGGUAUUGCUUCUUUUAAAAUCCGUCAACUUCUGCCCAGGUAAAAAUUUGUUGAGGAAGGAAGUAAGCGUAGGCAUUGUAGCUGUUUUUGAUGGACAUAAUGGUGCUGAAGCGAGCGAGAUGGCUUCACAACUAUUUCUGGACUACUUUUAUCUUCAUGUGUAUUUUCUGUUGAAUGGAGCAUAUUCAUCUAUCUUCAGAAAAUCAACUGAGAAGUUUGAAAAUAAAAGGGUGGGGGAUGUGGUGCUUCAUGGUGUCAGACUGGAUGAGGGCCCAGGCCAAGAUAAUGCAUAUCCUGGAAGGUGUGUCGCCUUGCUGUCUUUUUUUUUUGGUUUGACCACUCUCUCUGGACAUCUUUUACUACCGUAUAUAUAUGCAUUUUCCUUUAAAUGAUAUAUAUUCAUUUCUCCUUAAAAGGUCAACUGAGAAGCUGACUUACGAAGGGAAAGGUGAUGUGAUCCUAGAACGUUUCAAAUUGGGCACGCAACAAGAUCAGCACAAUGUGCAUCAUGGAUGGUUCUCAUUUGAUAUUAUUUUUCCUGUUCUAUUUUUUUAUUUUGAACUGUGCCAUGUUGCAUGACUUCGUGUGUUUAUUGAAGUUAUCAGGUGCAAAAUCACUAGUCACAGAAAUGUUGUCGCAUGAGUUUUUGUUCGUUCUAUUUUACUGUUCACUAAAAUCUGUCAUUUUUUUCAUGUUUGUAUGGAUGAGUCACGCAUGCAUCUGUGAAAUGUUCAAAGUAAGAAUGGCAUGCAUGGUUUUUAAAAGUAAGAUUUCUUCAGUAACGUCAGUUUAAGACUAUAUAUAAUUGUCCUAAGAGAAGCGGCUGUGAAGCACUAGUUGGGCUCUGUGAGCGAGCAACAUAACUUCAUAUCAAUAGUUUGCAGUCAAAGGUGCUACAUAGGGGAGGAACAUCUUAAACUAAUAUUUAUGGAAAUUUGGCGCGACAGAUUUGAUCUUAAUGUCUUUUGGAUUCAACAAAGGUUAUUAUGAUCAUUGUCUCAUCUACCGGGUAAAAGUAAUCCGAAUAUGAACUGUUAAAGUUUAUUGAUUAAUGUUCUGAAAUGAAAUGUUGAGAUUCAUAAUCAGCAUCCUCCUUUUUCUCCACGCUUGUGGUGCUAGGUUUGUGGUACCUUUAUGCUCCAAAGUGUGAAAAACUGUCACUUUCAUUUAUUUUUAUCGAAAUUUCACAAGUUUGACCACAGGUGUUUCCAUCAAAAUCAUAGGUCCAGUUGGAUAUAUCCUAAAUCAUAUGAUGGGGAACUUCUGUUUGAGAUACUAAGGGAAUCAUUGUUAAGGGCAAUCCAUGAUAUCGAUGCAACAUUCUCUAAGGAAAGACUUUCCCCCCUAUUUUACUCUCUGGUUUUAUCAUCACUAUCUUUUCUUUCCAACCAUCUUAAAGACGCAAGUAUUCUUCACCUUGUGCAGGAAGCUUCUCGAAAGAGCCUUGAAUCUGGUUCAACUGCCACGAUUGUUCUUAUAGUGGAAGGUGAAAUUCUUGUUGCCAAUGUUGGCGACUCCAAAGCUGUCAUGUGCUCAGAAAGUCGUCAUCAUCCAGGUCUAUGGAUACUCUUUUUUUCCGUAAUGCAGAGUAUAAAAUGUUAAUAUGUCACCCCUUGAUUGAAGUAGGCUGGCGCAACACGAGUCUAAUCAUUGUCUUUAUUGAAAUUAAUUUUUUGGGAAUCCUAUUUUUAUUAAUUUUGCAUUACGUUUCCUAGGCAAGAGUUCAAAGUUUAGGAAGAGGAAACGAAAUAAAGACAUUACCCUAUCCAAUGAAGAUAAAGGGAGUGUUGGUUUUAUGAAUCAUGCUGGACUUCAACUCUGUGCUAAAGAGCUGACCAAGGACCAUCACCCUGACAGAGAUGGAGAAAGAAAAAGAGUGGAAGCUGCUGGUGGAUUCGUUCAAGAUUGGGCUGGUGUGCCAAGAGUCAAUGGUGAGUUAGCAGUGUCACGGGCUAUUGGUGAUGUGCCAUAUAAAAGGUGAGUUUCACCUUUUUGAGAAGUAUUAUGGUAUCCAUUCUUUCUUAUUUUCCGUGAGAAACUAGUCACCUUUUUCCUGAGAAACGCUUGGGUCUUCAUAUUACAUUCGCAGUAUCUUUGUUGUGUUGUACUGGUUAGCAAUGGACUGAAAAACAUUGCAUGAAAUCCAUUUAGAUUGUUUAUUCAGUUUUUCUGGUCAUAAUUUAUGAGAAAUGAGUAGACUUCUCUCUUUUAUCUACCUCAGUUUCUUCUUCUUCUAAACAUCUGUCUUGGAUGACAACUUCGUGUGUUAAUUGAUUACUUUAUAUAUCAUCGUAUUACUUUAUUUUACUUCUAGCUUGAAUCCAAAUUGAUGAACUAUCUUUUGAUGGUUUGAUAGUGAGGGUUUGGUCUUAAGCGAAUCUCAACAUCCAUAAGAGUUCUGUGCACUAUGAUUGAUAUAUGAAGCAAGUUGUCCCGUUAAACGAGACCCAAUGUGUCAUUUAUAUCAACAACAUUAGUGUGUGUGAAGUAAUGUGAUUAAUGAGCUUGUUUCAUGAUUAACAUAGAAAAUAGAAAAUCCAAUCCUUCGAGAUUAACACAGAAAGAUAAAAUUGUGGCCUUGUGAUGUAGUUGAUAGUAACAUCUGUGUUCUAGGGUAUUCAUUUUGUGACCUGUAGGCAAUUGUUGUGGAUAACAUCUAUUAAGUCCUUAUUUGAUAAUAAUUUAAAGUUAUUUUCAGGUAAAAUAACUUUAAAUUAUUAGUUUUCUUUAUCUUGGCUGCAAUUUGGUAUGGGUAUUUCACUGCAUAUUUCUUCGGUAUUAUGUCUGUUCUUGAGGUGAUGGAUGACAAGAUUUAUUCAGUUAUUUGGUUUUUUCAUCGGAUGAUAUCUUUAAAAAAACCUGACAGAGUCAGGCAGAUAAGAUUGCAGAAAUUUAAACAUGAUGUAGGGUUUAUUUGAUGCACAAUAAGACAAAUUAAGGGAAUGGUACUCUCUAUGAUUCUACAAAUAAAUUUUCCCAGUUGGAUGGUCGGUGGAUGGAUUUCUAUUUUUGUUGGAAAUGAUAGUCCGGCUUCACUUGCUGGAGUGGGAUCUGUAGAUGAGAUCAGUGGAGUUGGGUUUUGUCUCAUGACAGGGUCCACUAGAAACCAAAAGGGGAGGUGGAAAAGAGAGCUAUGACAAACUAGUCGGGAGAGGGAAGAGGAGGACAGUGGAUGAUGUUGAACGUUGAUUGCAAUUGACAACUGUGGCAGUGACGUCGGGCUUCAUGCCGUAGAAGAAAUCCUAGAAAGAAAAGCCAUUUGUGACAAUAAAAUGCUUGUGCGACUAUAUUGAUCUAGACGAUUACAAAAACUAAGCGACUGUAAUGCAAAUAAAUCCUGAAACAUAAGAGUUCACAAGAAAAAUCCUAGAAAAUUUGAACGGACCUAAAAAUCUUGCUUUUUCAAUAUUUGGAUGAGACAUACAAAGGAAAUAGAAACUAACCGUGAAUGAAGUUUGUUUUUAUUGCAAAUAUAAAUCCAGAGCUAGGUUCUUUAUUUUUCUUCAAGCAUCUGUCCUCUUUUACUCUUCACGAAUAAACACCUUUGGAUUAUUAAUAUUCCAUUCUUCUUCAUAAAAAUUAGGUAUGGAGUCAUAUCUACACCUGAAGUGACGGAUUGGCUGCCUCUAUAUAAUAAUGAUAGUUAUCUUGUUGUUGCAUCUGAUGGGAUCUUUGAGAAACUGACUGUUCAAGAAGUUUGUGAUCUGUUAUGGGAAGCAAGUUUCAGAGAAAAUAUAAAUUUGGAGCUUAUUUCUACCAUGAAACAUGUGUUGGCUGAUCUACUAGUAAAGGCUGCAUUUGAAAGGGGUAGUAUGGACAACAUGGCAGCCAUAGUGAUUCCACUGGCAUCUAAUAUAUCUUCUCCAAGGAGAGAUGAGGAUGAAUAUGACUCUAAAGAAUGUGCCGACUCAGCUCGUGUUUCAAUGGGGAAAUAUAUGAAGUCAGGUGACUCAGCAGUUUCAUUAUCGCAACUUGAUUUUGUAUGCUUUUUCGCUGUUGCUUAGAUCUUAUAAUGCUUCUUGUUACCUUAAUUUUUUAAACAGAACUAUUUUGAAUCUGAUUUUCCAUACCAUUUUAGGAUUUUUUGUCUUUGUUACCUGUUACACGUUAUUUACAUAUUUCUAACAUUAUUUUUGAUUUUCACAUUUAUACAUCAUUUGUUCAUUUUAAAAGUUACAGGCUGUGAUCUGGUUUGUUUCAUGUUAAGUCUCAACUGCUCAUUUCAACCAGAAACAGUAAAGAGACGUAGAAUUUUACAUGUAGAGAAUGUUGUGCCAGAUGAAAAAGGUAGUAUAUAGAAAUCUCAGUAUUAGAAAUAUUUGGACAUGCGUCAUCCUGGACAGGAAUACGAGACAAAGGCAAUUUCUUGAGUUUGUAUCAUCAUAUUUCUGCAUAUGAAAGUGUCUGGUCCAAUCAAUUUCUUCAAUUCUUCAUUUUUGUACAUGUUAUAUCAUUUUUAUGAUCAUGAGAAGGCAUACAUUUUCCUUAACUAUUAUCAUUUGAGUAUAUACAACAAUAUGCUGUCAUGAAAGGUAGUGUAGUCUUGUUGUGUCCAUGCCAUCUUGGUAAUAGAAUUUUUUUUAGGUUUGGCAAAAUAUGAAGACAUUUAGAAUUAGUUCUAAAUUUAUGUCCUCCAUCAGCGUAAAAAUCUUGAAGAUCCGAAUAAUAGAAUCCUCUCUUUCAUCCCCACUAGUCUCAUCCACUCAUUCAUCUUGUUACAUGCUCACUGGAAAGCCUUGUAAAAUGUGAUAAUCUCCCUCCUAAAAUGAUGUCUAUUUCUCUCUGUCUAGAGUCUAGGUAGUUAUUUAGCAGGGCUUACAAUGGAUCAUCUUGCAUCUCGUUAUUUAAAUUGUUGAAUCUCUUUAUAUAUUGACAUUUCUCUUGUAUUUCGGCCACUGUCCUCCUCAUCCUAUUCCAUGUUAUAAAGCUACUGCAAUAGUGAAUGCUAAGGUCUUGCGCUGCCUUGAAGAGAAGCUAGAGGUGCUCUUUGAAGUAGACGUGUACCCACCCAGUAAUCUUUGCAGAAAGUCUUUUUAUUCAUUCUGUCUACAAAUAUUUGAUCUAAUUGCUAUUGCAUCCCAGGCUUGCAGAAAGUACCAUCCAUGCUUAUGUGGUUCUUUUGAUGUUACCUGGAAUAAUAUCAGAAACUUUUUUGCUAUAGUUGCACCUCAGACUAAUAACAUCUAACCAUAUUCCCUCGUCUUUAGUGCCUGAUUUUCAAAGCCAUUUUCUUGAGAAGGCAAUAUUGAAAUUUUUAAUAAGAAUAAUGCCAAGUGCACUAAAUUCUUUGCUCUUUAAAAUGUUUCUAUAGUUCAUAUCGAGUCUUUCAUGAUCUGUAAAGAGUUUCAUUGAUUGACGAGAAGAUGGAGCAACACCUAGUUACCCUAUAUGUUGAGAUAGAUGGGAGAAUAGAUGGGAGAAUAGAUGGAACAGCAAAAGAACAUCAGCCACCUUUUUAACCAUCCUUAAUCGCUCACACUGAGGUAGUGCUGUAAAUGAUACAUGCUUUGUGGGUCCAGAGGUAGCCUAAUGGGUCCAAGGUCUAAUGGGCCCAAACGACCCAAACUACAUCUUAACAUUUCUCAACAAUAUGUGUUACCAUUAUCAUGUUGAAAAGAUUGGAUAAAAUAGGCUGUAGUUUCUUGGUGUCUAUCUUUGGUAUUCUAAACAUCGAAAUAUAGUAUAAGGAAAGCUAGACAGUAUUGAUUUACAUAGCAUGUGUGUUACUCGAAAUGGCAAAACAUUCUCGUUGGAACCAGUUUAAUGACUAUAAGUCUUGGUGAAAUAAUUUUCUUGUUGCAAAUAAAAUGAUGUUUAAUUGUGAGGCCCUUGAUUCAAUUGUGGGAGAUCUCCCAUCUCAUAGUGUAAAAGUAGAGCUAACCCUUUUUGACAUUUCUCUUUACAUCAAUUGAGCCACUUUGGUGCCAAACGUGUCAACUUGUAGUUAGUGGGCAGGUGAAGGUGUUUAGAGAAUACAAUGCAUAAUAAUUUGGAAAAAAAUGUGAGUAGAUAAUGCACGGUGAAGGUAUCAUUUGUGAGUUUUCUUGUGUACCUCACCAAAUGUUUUUAGCAUAAAAGAAGACUAGAGAUUUCUAGAGCAUCAUUUUUCUACAUCAUUUGCCAAAAGGACUAUGAAUAGAAGCUGUGCUAGUAGCUGCAUAUCGAAGUAGAAUGCCAUCUAGAGGUGUUUUUGUUUGCUACACCUUACUUAAAAAGGAUUCAAAUGCUUUGACACAAGUAUGUUAAAGGAUGUUAUCUGGAUUUGUGAUUUCCUCAAGUUUCUAAUACGAUCCCCUUCUCUCCUCUUGGACAAAGAAAGCCAAACAAACAAUGUAUUCAAAGAAAAUAGAGAAAACAAUGAAUAGACAGGAAUUAUUUCGAAAGAAUUUCCCACUCUCCUUUUCCUCUCUUGACCUUUACCACAAUACCCUCUUAAUCAUAGUGGAGGGUAUUUAUAUUGUUUAGCCUGUUCCUAUCCUAGUGUUUACUAUGAAAACUUCUAGACUAUUUUCUUACGGCAGACAUGUCUUUAGGGGUACCGUAUCAAUACUCCCCCCAUUUAAAUCCACCUUGUCCUCAAGAUGGAAGUCAGGAAACUGAUGCAUUAUCUCUAAAGCUGCUUCCCAUGUUGCUUCGAAUUCGGGAAGACCUGCCCAUUUGAUUAGGACCUUAGGUCCUAUUGUGGGCUGAAGCUUUCAACAAGAUUCGGGCUCAAGUCUGUAUUUGAGUUCCUAUGUUAAAUUUAGAGGCAGGGUUGUACAUGAUCUUGAAGUCCUGUUGCUCUGCGUAGCUGUGAUACAUGAAACACUGGGUGAAUAGAAGAGUCGACUGGAAGAUCCAAUCGAUAGGUUGACUGGCCCACAUGAUGGAGGACCUUAUAUGGUCUUUAAUACUGUGGUGCCAAUUUUUCAUUUGGUUUUUUGGCUAGAGAUUUCAUCUUGAAAGGUCGAAGGUGAAGGUAGACAAAAUCUCCUUCCAUAAAUUGAACAUCUUGUCUCCUUCUAUUAGCCUUAUAUUUCAUAAAGGUUUGAGUGAGAUGUAAUUGGUCUUUGAUGAUAGUGAGCAUCUGAUCUGUCUUGUAGUUAUUGAUCUACUAUAGAAAGAGGUGAGGGGGAAAUUCCAUAUUUGAUAAUAGUAGGAGAAUCUUGUCCAUACAGCACAUUGAAUGGGGUUGUUUUGAGAGAUGAAUGGUAAGUAGUGCUGUAGCAAUUCUCAGCCCAAUGCAACCAUUUACUCCAUUAAGUAGGUUUAUUAGAUGUAAAACAUCUUAAGUUCUCAAAUAUUUGUUGACAACCUUUGACUGCCCAUUGAUUUAAGGGUGGUGUGUAGUACUCAUUUUUAAUUCAACACCUUGUAAUUUGAAUAGUUCAUUUCCAAAAUUACUAGUAAAUUUUUUGUCACGAUCUGAAAUAAUUAAUCUUGGCAUACCAUGAAGUCGUACCACUUUAUUGGAAAAGAUAAGUGCAACCUCAGGAGUUGAAAAUGAAUAUUUUAGAGGAAUAAAGUGACAGUAUUUACUCAAUCUGUCCAUGACAACCAAUAUAGAAUUGAAGCCUUUAGAUCAAGAUAAUCUCUCCAAAAAAUCCAUAGUUAAGUCUUCCCAGAUUUGUGUAGGCACUGAUAAUGGUUGGAGUAGAUCUGCAGGAGCAAGUGAAGAUUUCUUGUGUUUUUGACAUGUUGCACACUCAUCAAUAUAUCUUUUAAUUGACUUUUUCAUGCUGGACCAAUAGACAUUAUUAGAGGCUCUUCGAUAAGUUUGAAGAAAUCCAACAUGUCCACCACUUGGGCUAUCAUGGAAUUCUCUUAAAAGAAUUGGAACAAAAAUAGAUUGAGCUGAAAUUACCAGUUGUUGCUUAUGUAGCUAUAUUCCUUGCUGCAAUGAGUCAUGAGAGAUGUGCCUGAGGGUCUUUAAAGAGAUUGUAAAUAAUGAAAGAUAACUUUGAGUCAUGAGAUAUUUCAUUUUUGAUCUUAGUAAAAUCAAUCAAUUCAAAAUAUGACAAACAUUUCUUGUAGUUCUGUGCUAGUGAAGAGGCGAGAUAAAACAUCUGCCACUUUAUUAUAUCUCUCCGCUUUAAAUUAAAUUUCAAAAUUCAGACCCCAUCAAUUUAAUCAACCACCUAUGAUAAGGAUUUAGUACAAUCUUUUGCUCAAGUAAAAACUUUAAGGACUUUUGAUCUAUGCAGAUUAUAAAUCUUUGAUGUAACAAGUAAUGGCGCCACCUUUGGAUAGACCUUACUAUAAAAAAUAAUUCUCGUUCAUAGGCUGAUUUAGUUUGUAGCUGGUUUGAUAGAUUUUGACUGAAAUAAGCUAUAGGUCUACUUCUUGUAUUAAUAUAGCUCCAAUGCCAUAAUUUGAAGCAUCUAUUUCAAUGAUGAAUGCCUUCAAAAAAUUAGGUAAGGAUAAUACUAAAGUUGUAGACAUUGCCUUCCGUAAUUGAUCAAAAGCACAUUGGGCAUCUUGAUUCUAGCAAAAUGAUUUCUUCUUCAACAGAUUAAUCAUGGGUGCUGCAAUUAAAGCAUAUCCUACCACAAAACGGCGAUAGUAACUAGUUAGUCCUACGAACGAUUGCAAUUCGCGAAUAUUUUUGGAAUUGGACAGUUUGUCAUAGUAUCAAUUUUUCCUUAAUCCACCAUUACCCCUUUGGCAGAAAUCUAGUGCCCAAGAUAUUUCAGUUUGUGUUGGCCUAUGUGACACUUCUUUGUGUUCACAUUUAAUUGGUUCUCAAACAGUACUCAAGAUACUUGUAAGAGGUGUUGUUUAUGUUGAUCUUGGUCUUUACUAUAAACUAGAAUGUCAUCAAAAAAUACCAGAACAAAUCGACGAAUAUAUGGUCGAAAAAUCUGGUUCAUCAAUGACUAAAAUAUAGUAGGAGCAUUCAUUAAACCAAAUGAUAUUACCACAAAUUCAUAAUGCCCCUCAUGAGUUUUAAAUGCUGUUUUAGGAAUGUCAUCUUUCUUCAUUUUGAUUUGGUAGUAGAUAGAUUUUAGGAAGAAAAGUAGAGAAACGUUUGAAUUCUUGUUUAUAAUUAGAUAUAGAUCCUCCCUCUUUGAUAUUAAGAAAUUGUUGAUACAUGUUUCCCGCUUUGGAAGUUCCAAAAUGCCUCUCAAGCUGGCUGCGAAAAUCCUACUAAUUCUUGAACAGAUAUCUAUCCUCUGUCCAAAUAUAUUUGUCCAAAUAUACCAUUCCAAUGUAAUAUCAUCUAAGUGUAAGUUGAUUACCUCCAUUCGUUCUUCUUCUUGAAUUCUGUUGAUUCAAAAAUAUCUCUCUACACAUCGGAGCCAUCCUUCCGGAUUGCUUCUUUUGAAGAUGUUGAGAUCUCUUUUCUUUACUUGUUUGUUUUCGUCCGAAAUUUGAUUUGAAACUGGUACAAAAGUUGGUACCUCAGGUUGUGAAUUGCCUCUCUCCUGUUGCUCAUUCUCUAGAGAGUUUCUGACUGAUUCAGAUGUCAUAUUUGCUGUUGGAUCCUUCUUUUCUAAUGCUAAUAGCUUUUCACUGAUGGAUUUCUUCAAUUCGUCAAACUUCUCGUCCAUCCGUUGAAGGAAUUGUUGUUGCAGAUCUGUCGAUUCUGAUUUUGAUUUCUGUAGCUCCUCUCUCGUAUGCCUUUAUUCUUCCUUAAUUUGUUCUGCAUCAGUCUCCAAUACCUCCAGGUGAUUUUUUGCAAUUCUUGAUCCCAUACCUCCAGGAGCUUGCUCUGAUACCAGUUGAUAGGAUCUCCUUCUCUCCUCUUGGACAAGGAAGUGAAAACGAACAAUGUAUUCAAAGAAAACAAAGAAAACAAUGACCAGACGAGAAUUAGUUCGAGAGAAUUCCCCACUUUCUCUUUCCUCUUGUGACCUUCUACCAUGAUAACCCCUCUUAAUCAUAGAGGAGGGUAUUUAUAUUGUUCAGCUUGUUCCUAUCUCAGUGUUUACUAUGAAAGCUUCUAGAUUGUUCUCUUACGACGGACAUAUGUCUUUAGGGGAACUGUAUCAGUUUCUUCCUCAUGUUAUUCUUUCUUAUCUUGUUUAGACUUGUUCUCUUUGACUCUUGUGAGAUUGUGGUAAGAUGUCUAGAUUGGUGUUGGUCUAGUAGACUUAAAAAGUAACAGGCUAUGAGUAGGUACACUUACCUAACUGAUAGCAUGUUGACCUCUUUAUUAAUCAUUACGAACUUAUUUUAUUCUCUUGGCUUUGUCAUGUCGACAACUGAAAUAAGGUGCAUAUACCCCAAAGUAAUCAGUUGCUCGGUUAUGUUGUUAAAAUUAUUUGGAGAUCUAAUUGAAAAGGAACAAGGCAAUCUUGGUAAGCACUAUUAAUAACUAGCAUGGGACUAUCUCUAACAAAACAUAUCUUUGUAAUGGAAUGAGAUUAUCAUAUCUUCCAAAACUAUAAUAACAGUAUUCAUGAUUUUUGAAGAUUUACAAUGUAGUUAGUGGAUUGAACUUGCUGAAGGAAUGCAGAGCUCAUAGGCAGUAUAUGGGUGACUAAGUCCUUAGGUGAAUCUAUUGGAAUAUCUUGCCAACAUUAAUAAUAAAGAUUGUGACAGAUCCCACCAGACAUUGAUUGGUACCUCAGCUUAGUGUCAACUGAUUUCUAGCUAGGUCUCUUUGUAGAAUUAUUAAGUUUUUCUCUAUGGUUAGAGUAGGAAGUGUAAUGAGAUUCUUGAAGUGCAUUAGAUCCAUGUAAAUGAAAACAAAAGGAAUGUUUUCAUGUUAACUGCUUUCUAAAAUUUUGCAUUUUUAUGCCUCUGCUUUUUUAACAUUAUCAUUAACAUGUGGUUUUUUAAAAUGUCGUCAUUUUUUCUCCAUGGUUUGCUAAAAUAAUAAUUAUUCAGAACUUAGUCAUUUCAGAAACACCAUUGUCAUAAGAAUGCCUAAUGAAAUAUUAAUGUUAUCUUCUAUUUUUGUAAUAAACCAAAAAGUAUUGAGAGGAAGGAUUUUUAUCUGAAUAACAUGGAACUCCUGUACUGGGGAUAUAUCUGGGUCUUAUCGUUUCCAUAUCAUUUUGGCAUCAUUAUCAUUCUGUUGAGCUAUUUUUUGUCUAAAUUAUUUGUAUGAUGUUUUGUGUUAACAUAUGAUACUUCUCUCCCACAGAUAGGGAUACAAUCACUUCUACCAGUCUUAUAUCAAUGGAGUACUUCAAUCAGAUUGAGACAAAAUUCAAGAAACUGCUGGUAAACAAAGAAUUUUAGUUUUGAGGGUGCUAUGUUUAUUAAUUUAUUAAGUUAUCAUGAUUGGUACAAGUACAAGGAUAAAUUUUUGAUAAGAGUUAGUGAGCAUAUUUAAAAGUAACAUUAAAUAACAGGAUUAAAAAAUUAUGAAAGGGAGUUUUACCCAAAUAGCUCUCAUUUAUACAGACGAGUGGUAAAUUAUUUUGUUCUUCAUUUUCCUGUCUUUCUUUCCUCUACUUCAUCCUCUACUUGUUGCAGUUUGCAGACUGCAUUUUUAUCUUCUUCUUCUUCCACUUUAUCUUUUCUGCUUGCGAGUUAUUUUAUUCUCUGAUCCCCCUGUCUUGUUCUGCCUUUGAGCUAUUUGUUCUCUGCUUUGUCCCCUAUAUAGUUCUUCUUCUUCUUCUUCUUCUUCUUCUUCUUCUUUUCUUAUGCCUGCAAUUUCUUCUGUUCUUCAUUUUUGUUUCUAUUCUCCUUCCAUCUCUUCAUGUCACAUCUUGCAGCUUCCAUUACAUCUCGUUUUUAAAAAAAUUAUAAUUGAUAGAAACAAGGAGUACACAAAGGAGAGAGGGAAGAGAGAGAACUUGACACCAAACCCUAAUUGAGUGACUGAAUGUAUCUAGAUAGGCCAAUAUGGCUUAGACCCAUAUGGGCUGACAUCACCAUGACCUAGAUUGGCCUAUAAUAUUCAAUACCCCCCCUCAAGUUGGAGCAUAAAUGUUAUAUGCACCUAGCUUGUUACAUAGAAAUUGUACUUAAUGACCAUUUAGAGACUUAGUGAACACAUCUGUAAAUUGAUUUGUAGAGCUAAUGGUGGUGACAAUCAAGCUGUGCCUAGAUCUUCUCUUUGAUGAAGUGACAAUCAACUUCAAUGUGUUUUGUCAUCUCAUGGAACACAUGAUUAUAAUAAAUAUGAAUUGCUGCCUAAUUAUCAAAUAUAAGCUUCAUAAGACCUUCAUUAGGAAAACUAAGUUCUUUAAGAAGAUGUUUGGUCCAUAUAAGUUCACAUGUAGUAUGUGUUAUUGCCCUAUAUUUGAUUUAGCACUUGACCAUGAGACUACAAAUUGCUUCUUAUUUUUUCAAGAAAUAAGAUUGUCACCAAGGAAAAUAUAAUAGCCAGUAAUAAAUCUCUUGUCUACAUUGCAACCAACGCAAUCAACAUCUGAAAAAGCCUGCACUAUGAGAUUACCAUUAUUUUUGUAUAGCAGUACUCUACCUAGAUUACCCUUGAGAUACCUCAAUAUCGGCAUGAUUGCAUUGAGAUGCUUGAUGUGUGGUCGUUUCAUGAAUUAACUUGGUACGCUAGUAGCAAAAGAGAUAUUUAGCUGAGUGAUAGUCAGAUAUUUUAAUUUGCCAACUAAACGUUUGUACCUCCUUAGAUCCUCUAACAUGUCAUUUUCAUCAAAUGAUAAUUUCAAGUUAGGGUUCAUUGGAAUAGUAAUUGGCCUUGUACCUAAUAUACCUAUCUCUACAAGAAGAUUAAUGACAUACUUUCAUUGAUUGCUUGCAAUCUCCUCCUUGGAUCAAACAGUCUCAAUCCCGAGAAAGUAUUAGAGAUUAUCAAGAUAUUUGGUGACAAAUUGCUCUUAUAAGAACUCCUUGAGUCGAGGGAUAUUUGUAUGAUCAUCUCCAGUGAUAACAAUGUCAUCAAUAACAUACAAUCAAAAAAAUAUGACCAAUAGAAGAAUUUCUAUAAAAGAUAGGAUGGUCAACCUCACAUUUCUGAAGACUAAACUGUAAUAUAAUAUUACUGAACGACGAAACCAAACAUGUGGAGAUUGCUUUAGAUCGUAAAGAGACUUCCGUAGGCAACAUACCAAGGUACAUUCCCCUUGAGCAAAAAAACUGUGGUUGCAUCAUAUAAAUCUCGUUUUGCAAGUUACCAUGAUGGAAUACAUUCUUGAUAUCUUCACCAUAUACUUGGGUGAAGCCUUUAGCCGCCAAGUGAGCUUUUAAUCUGUCCAUGGAAUCAUCUAGGUUAACUUUAACAAUACAUUUAUCAAAUGGUCGUGAAAGCAGACACCAUCUGCUAUUCUAUUAGCCGUGGUCAUCUCUUCCUCCAUAGUUGCACGCCACCUAGGAUGACCUAGUGCUUUUGAAACAUUUUUAGAGAUAGGUAUAUCUGAUAGAAAUGAAACAAAGGCAAAAUAAGUUGGAGACAUGUGAGAAUAGGAGAUAAGAUUAGACAUGGGGUGAAGGGUGUAAGGCCUCUUCCAGUUUUGAAGAGCAAUGAGGAGAUCCAAGUUACUUGAAUAUAAUCCCAAUAUUCAUUGUGAACCGGGUACAGGUCCUUUAUAACAUCCCAAGCUAGAUGUUAAGACAAAGUUGAAUAUAACUGAUUUACGUGUCUGUACAGGAGGACCUUAACAUUUAAUGGCUGUGCCAUUAAAUGUUCUAGAAAAAUUUAAUGGCAAAUGCAGCAGUGUUUAGAAUGAGAAUUGUUCAUGCAAGUGAUGGUUUCUAGAACAUUAUAAAUGGCACAGCCAUGUUGUAGGAUGUUAUCGAUAUUUUGUAGGUCUAUGUUUUUCCUUCAGUUUUUAGAAAAUGAAGUGAUAGACGAGAUAAAUUCAGUUUUAUGCUUCAGAAGGGUUUUUGAGAUUCUAUUGCCUAUGUGCGGCAAAGUGCUUAGGGUUAGAACAUUAGAAGCAGAUAGGAAACCUUUGACAGUGUAUUUUUCUGAUAGGAACGUAGUCUCUGGUUGUUCAGGCGAGAGUUAAGCCUUAAAAUGCAGUAAAUAAACAGAUUGUGCUAACCUGUAAUUUGACUCACGAAGUGAAAUUGGUGUUUUAGUUGCAUGCUCGUUGCAAAAUCUGCAAUGACUGUAUUCUAUGAUUGAACUCUCAUGGAUUUCUUUGGUUGCAAGUUUAAUGUACGAAUUUUUAGUUUUGUAGCUUCAGAUAAAUUUAUUUGUGAGUUAUUUCUUUCAUUGCUAGGUAAGCAGGUUGUCAUGAUUCUCAGUAGUGCUUUUCUUUCAUUUUGUAUCUCAAUCUUGAAAACUUUUUCAGAUUGUUUAAAGUUUCAUCUUUUGCCAAAUUUCUUUUCAAGUCAGACAACACUACCACCCUUAUUGUUUAUUCAGGUUAAAGCUGAUUACAGGAGAGAUGGGUGUUUUUAUCUAGCAGAAGAUCUAAAUGAAAAUUCGGAUUAUGUUUUUCGCGCUCCAAAAGAUCACCGGAAUGAUGAACAUAAUGAGAUAAUUCAAUCUUCACCGGAAGGACUAAAUUAUGAUAGUAGUGAGUGUGAUCCUUCACUUGAUACUGAACUAAAUAACAGCUCUUUUAAUGCCUGGUUUUCUUUCUUCUCUUUGGUUUUAGAUAUUUAUUAUUUUUUCCUUGGGAUUAACCUUGCUUAAACUAAUGAUUUUUUUUAUUUUUUAUUUCGAGCUUGUUUAGCUACCUCGAAACCUAUUCUUUGCACCUAAAUGAAGUAUAACAUGUUUCAGGUGCGUGGCCUUUAAAUUUGUAUAAUGGUCAAAAUUUCUGCUGGGACAUUGAUAUGGGCAGCGAAAAUGCGGAAGGCCUAUGUGUUAACCCUGAAGGCUUUGUAAACUUCCUUGGUUUGCUUAGUUCUAUUCCUCUGAAUGACUCGGGAUCUAAUUCCUCAGAAUCUUUUAAUGAUAUGAACGCUGGUUUUAGGUUCAGUUCUCCUCUAUUCCUUUAUUCUUGUGACGAUAUUUGUUUGAAACUGCUUAUCCCUUUCAUAUUCGUGUGGAAUUUUUGGAGAUGCAUUUGUAGUGUUUCUAAGAACGAAAAGUUACAGUGAUUGGAUGGGACAGGAAUGACUAGUCGAUGGCAGCGAUCCCAUCUAAAUCUUAUGGCUGAAAUUUACUGAUGUGUGCGUGUUGGGUUUCGCAAGUACAUUUCCCCCCAGAAUAAUUCACCAUGCUAUUAAACCUCCAGAGAUGAACAAUUUGUCGGAUUUUGUUAGUACCUGUGCUUUUUAUUGUUCUAUGGUUUGUUGUUAUGCAUGUGCAUAUGUUAUAAACAACUUUUUUGAUAGGACUGUGAAUGGAAUGAUGUAUGUACAUGAUAGAGUUGGUGCACUUAAGAAUUCUAAUUGGGAUUUCUGACUUGAACUCUUAUUCGGUGAAUUAUGAAUAUUUGUCGAAUCACUUCAACGGCUACUGCUAAGGUAAAAUUCUAUGGUAUUGAAUACGUUGAAAACAAAGGCACAUAAUUAUGACUAAUUUUUAGUCUGGUAUCUCUAAAAUAACCACUAAUUGAAAUUGGAAUUUCUAGAAAAUUAUUUUCCAAACAGGUCCUGAAGAAGUCUGAAAAAGUGAACUAGCUAUGUCUAUUAUUGGUGGGGCAUAAAGCUGAUUUAUCUUGAAAUUGUUGAGUUUAGAUUUUUUUUAAAUUAGGGUAAAAUUUUUCAUCAUUAAAUAAUAUUAAAUAAUGGUUCUUUUCAAUUUAGCUUGUCAUUGAUCUGAACUAGGACACUUUUUGGUUCUUUUAUAUAAUAAAGAUUGAAGUAUCAGACAUGAAUGACAAUCAGGUACACUAAGUAAGAUUUCCUGCCUACUGGUUUGCCCUUCUGAUUGGACUGCAUCUUAGUGUAGUAGAAUUCUGUUUAUUCUAGGCUGUUAACUGGCACAUAGCAGACAACAUAGGAACAAACCUCCUGUUCUAUACACCCUUUAAAAAAGUUGUUAACCCUAAAUUGCAUUUGGCUGAAAUUUUAUUAUAAUACAAAAAAAAGACUCUAAAUAUGAACUGAAUGUCGGUAAUUACAUAAUAUUUAUCAUAUUCAAACUGUUAUGAGGACAUUAGAGUCACCCGUACACAGCUCAAAGUCUGCACACAAAGGAAGCACGACUGUACUUGUUGAAUAAUGUAAUAAGCAUUUCUUUUACUGAUUUGCAUAGUUCAUUGAGUCUAAGUCUAUCUUUGAGUAUUGUUUUCUGUUUCUACAAGUAUUUAGGGUCAACGCUUCAGGCUAUCCAAAGCGUUUUCACUACAUUUUAGAAGUAACUAAGGCCUAAGUUCCAGCUGAUUAGCAAUGGAAACUGUCUGUAUUUCUCGGUCAGAUCUAGGAGAACCCCUCCAAUGGCCUCAUAUGGCUCCUAUAUAACGGAAGCAUAAAUUGAUGUUAAAAGGGAAAGAUCCUUUUGAAAUUUAUGCUCUCAGCUCUUUGUCCCCGAAAAAAAUUAUUUUGAACGAAAAUUUUGCUCGUAACUUUUUUUGCUAGAGGGUCAUGAAGGUCCUACUCUGAUGUAGAUUUGGGGACCCAAAGCAUGAAUCUGAGGGUUUAUUCGUCCUUGAAUGAUACCUAGCGUCAUUUAGCCUUAUGGUUGUACUCAUUUCUAAAUUCCCACCUGCCAAAUGCCUUUUUCUUAUCUACCUUUAACACAUCAAAAAUUGUUACACUAGUCAAAGGAAGUUUUCGUACGAUCACAGUCUGGUUUUGGAAGUGAGGGACCCUGUCACUGAUCCUAGCUACAAGAGGAUAUUUAUUUAUUUGGCUAACACUCAUUUAAAUUGUUGUGCACCGAUCUGUCUCAAAAUCAGUCAGAUGCAUGGUGAAAUCGAUUGAGGGCAUGAUAUCUUUUCUGGAGGACAAUGAUAGGUGAUACUAAUAUUGCAUGACGACGUUAUAUUCUCAUUGACCGGUGAGAUUAAUGAAGGUCUACAUUUGCAAUAAGGAAAUGAAUGGAGUUGUGCCAAAUUGAAGAUAACACUCGGUCGUAAUGAGAGGAAGUGCGAAUUCCUGGAAAUAUUCAGAUAAUAUGCAAGUAAAUCUUUGCCAUGCUAUAAUCUCUUAAAACGUCUUAUACAUUGCUUAGAUCCUAAAACCACACAUUGGAGGCCAUUCUAUGUGUUGAACAUUCCCAGAGUAACAUACUCAACUUCUUUCUCGUUAUGCAAAAGCCCAUUAAAAUCUCUAAUGAGAAAUUAAUGUGGUUUAAUCUUAUCUAAUUAGAAAUAUUUUGAAGAAACCCUGAAGAUACUUGUUCUUUUCAAGUAUUAUGGAUUCUCAAUUAUGUCUUUUUUAUGUUAGAUACACCUUGAAGCGGAAGUUUGAUCGUGGAUCAUAUGGUGAAGUAUGGUUGGCAUUUCAUUGGAAUUGUUCUGAAGAAGCUCCUGGAGUAAAUAAUUUCCGUCCAAAUGUGCCUGAUGCAAGUUCACCUUUGAACUCCAGUGAGGGCAAGUCAAGCAGUGACACAAAUUCCUCUACUAGACACAACUUUGUUGAAUCUGUUGAUAAUGAUUACUUCAUUCUUAAGCGCAUAAUGGUAAGAAAAACAUGUGCAAUCUGGGUGAUAAAUAUUGGAUAAAUUCGCUGCUUUUAUAACUAGGUUGCAACAUUUAGGUUUGCCUUUUACUUUUUGACUACUUCUCCUAGCUAAACAAAGUAAUAUGCAUUUUCUUUAUAUUUUUACUGUAAUGUGAGUCUAUUCUUCUAUCACGAUUGAAUAGGUAUCAAUUGUCUCUAGAAACCGGUAAUUUUCACCUUGGGUUUACUUAUGUCCACCUAGGGUAAUUGGCUCGCUUAUUUUUUGCUUCAGUGAGAGAUCUGAGUAAUUGGCUCUCCUUUGACAUUUGGUUGAUUGCAGUAAAAGUGAUCCCUAUUGUAAAUGUUAUCAAAAUAUUGACAUUCAGUAAUUUUCACCUUGGGUUUAAUUUUUCCGACGUGCAUAGUAACUCAACGAGUCAAUCUUUACUUGCUUUUGACAGUUUCUAUGGUGUUUUGGGCAUCUAUCAUAUCCUCUAGGGGUAAAAAUGUCUGUCCAUCGUGGGUUUCUCAUAUAAUAAAAGAUAGAAAUGACUCUGAUUCAUGUAUUUGUUUGAAUAUAAUUGCUGAAUAUAUGCUAGCAUGUUAGGUUCAGGUCAGAUGUUGUCAAAACUAAAUUCAGGAGAGUAACAUGCCACCUAAUCUCACUGUCACUGGAUCCAAAUAUCAUAAACAUUCAAUGACCCUAAAUUUUGAGUCAAUUAAUGGAAAAUACCGGCAAUUGGACUUAUUGAAACAUAUUCUGUUGGACUUUACAAGUGAAUCAUGAUUUCUUAAAGGUCAGCUUGAGACAAAUGCUAUCCAAAUGGCAUAGUCGUUGCCACCUUGUGGACCUCAUAAUAAUGAUAACUUCAUGUCAGAUGUCGUUGAUUAGCAAAAAAAAAGUUGAUUUGAAUCACUGUCAUAAAAGAAUAACAAAUAAGAAGGCUUGACCAAGGUCUUUGCUGAAAAUAAAAGUUGGAAAAUUUUAUUUUAGAAUAGAGUUUGAGAUUGUGUUUGUCUUCAAACAGGAUGUCUGGAAAUUAACAAAUGCUAAGAGAUAAACAACAUCUUGAUAUUUGUUUCAGUCCUUAUUUUAAGUUUAGUUAUGAAUGCAUUGACAGGUGGAGAGAGGCAAUGCUGCAUACUUGAGUGGACUAAGGGAGAAAUAUUACGGCGAAAUCUUUGCAAAUGCCUCUAAAUCUCAAGACAGAUCACAAGAAGAGUCAGGAUCAACAACAGUGUUUUUUACAGACUUUCAGUAUGAAUCUUCUUCCCUUCAAGGAAUGAAUGAUCUGGUGCCUCAUGAUACACAAGGGUCAUCUAGUUCUGGAUUUCAAAGAAUGGUUUAUGAAGAAGGACUGAAUCAUAUUGCUAGGUUUAUAGAAUCUUUUACGUCCCAGUCAAAGGAAAUAUGGCUUGUUUUCCGUCAUGAAGGUUUGUCCUUGUCGAAGUUGCUAUACACAGUGGACGAAAAGAAACUAUUUAAUAACAAUGAUGGUGAUCGGAUGUCAUCCAACGUUCAAGUCUUACGUCCAUCAGUUUGGUGGCAUUGGCUGCGGACAACAGAAGCAGGAAAGAGAGAAAUGCAAAAUCUUAUAAGGCAAUUGGUAUGACAUUUUACACUUCUUCUGAUUUCCUUGAAAUGGUACAUCAUCUACAACUUCUAGAUGAAUACAGUUAUUUAACUUAAUGACUGAUAAUUUCAGAGUUUCUCUGAAUUCUAUUUGUUGAAAUAGUUAUAUACGCUUUUGGUUGAUGAUUUAUUCUAAAACAAGAGGAAAAUAAGAAAACAGCCUUCUUAGGUCUUCCAUUUUACCCAAAGUUAUAUUGUUGGUCUACAAAAAAACCUUGUAAUUGGCCAUUAAUGUGAUCCAUAUUCCAGCUAGCAGGAUUUUUUUUUGAGAAAUGUAUGACAGGAGUUGUGCUCAAGUUUAAGUGCGUUGGUUAUGGAAAUCUGAUGCAUUAUAGAAGAGAUAAGUAUGAUACCAUAUGUCUAAUGUUUUAUAGGAAAUUAAACUGGGGUCAUAUAUAUAGACAUCCUAAAGGAUAAUGGCAGUCCGUAACUUGCUUGGUUUCCUCCUGUUUAAUGUACGUGCUGUAUUUUUACUUCUGUAAACAUGAACGGAAAUCAGAAGUAACUAGUGGACUGUAAUGCAAGUUUUUUCAUGCUGAAGAUAUUGUUCGUUUCUCCCUCUGGGGAAUAGUGGGGAAAGGGGAUGAGGAAUUACCUGACAUAGUAUUAAGCUAUGGAGAUAAUAAAUCUUAGCUGCUAUUUUUCGUACCAUCCUAAGGGUGUGUUUUAGCCUCUGUAAUAGGGGUAGUGGUCUUUUACCUAGUAGUAUUAUUGUUUUACUGUUCUGAUUUAUCUUAACUUCUAAAUUACGAGGAUUGUGCAGACUUCAAAAUGUCUUAAGAUGUAUUCUACUCUUCAGUUUCUCCUACUAUGUCCUUUUCUUUUUCUCUUGGGAAAGGUUGUCCAAAUAUGUACAUACAUCAGUCUUUACAGGCCUCUAAGAGAGACCUGAACCCCAGUCUGGAUGGUGCAAGUGGCCUGAGCACUUGGUGGUGUGGAGCAGUCACCAGCAGUUUGAGUUGGGGGCCAGCUAAGUAUGCUCUGCAGUUUGGGGAAUCUGUGUAGUCAGCUGAUGGGAAUGACCAGAAUGAUACUACCGUGGGUUAAGGUGCUGCUGCUUCAAAAAGCUGCACAUGGGAUGGAGAGGUCUGGGCGAUGGUGGCAAAGAUUGGUACAGCAUGUGACAGUUACAGCAGGGCAUCCAUAAUCAUUAAGUAGAGACAAGGGGUCUGGGAACAGACACACUGAUAUAAGCAGACUGUUACAAAUAGAGUUGAGACAAAGGGUGAUAUAGUCUAAGACGACCUACCAAAAGGACAAAAGGUUUUUGACCUAGGUGGAGAAGACUAAUAGGAUAUGCAUCCAAGGAGCUGAAAAGUUAUUAAUUUCAUGCUCAAAUAGAGUGCAAGCUCAGUUUCAUCCCAAUUCAAGUGACUCUGAGCUGUUGCUCAUCUGUUGUAGAAUCUGAUUCAUCAAGUGUGCGAGUUCUGUCAACUUGUUCUCCACUGAGGCUAACCACUUCGUCCACUUGCAUCGUCUCCUACAAAACUUCGAUGUCCUUCUUCAGGAUCUGAUACUUCCUGUUGGGCGCCAUUGCUUUGAUACCUGUUGAUAACACUCUCAGGAUAAUGGCUUGAAAUCGAGGAGAAUAGAGAGAGAACACACAAGAAUCUAAGGAAGAACGAACUGAAAUAGAACAGGGGAAAAGAAGUAUGGGAAUGCUCCGAAGGAAUCCUAUAAUCAGUUUAGGUGUGAAUUCGAGAGCGCCCCCAGCUCUCCCAAGAUGACUUCCAAUGGUGCCCACGGUGAGGGCCCCUCAGGAACCUUAUACUGACCUCCAUACUGGGCCUCUUGACCCACCUAGGACUUUACCUUCCCUCUUAUGGUGCAAGUAACCCAGGCAGUGGGCCUGACAGUUAAUUUCGUAGUUGUUUAGUUUCCUUAUUUGUUUGUUUCCUUAGGUGGUUUUCUUUUUUUUUAUGGUCAGAGUAAUUGUAUAUAACUAGCAAUUGUUCUAUGUUUUGAGAUGAAGAAAAGAUUUUUCUCAAUUGUUUAUCCUUGUAUGGUUUGCAUGGAUAUUUCUUUUGGGUACAGAGAAGGUUUUGUCAUAUUAACCACACCGAUAGGCAUAAUCAGUUGUGUUGUAGUCUUUUGUUUUGACUAUAGUGUUGAGUUUUUUACCGAAAUUGAUGAAAACAGGAAUUACUUCUCUCAAUGCUGAGAAAAUUGACGUCUGUUCACCUUGAGACACAACAAGCAAUAAAAACGCACAGCAAUAGUAUAUAACACUUAAUGCAGAUCUAUUGUUUCCUGAUUUUGGACGAUGCUUAGGUAGAUGUGUAAUACUUUUUAAGAUUGAAAAAAAUUACUUUUUUUAUAUUCAUAUCUUCUCAUCCUUUUAGUGUUUUCAUCAUAAGUUUUGCUUAAUAACGAUGGUUUUGACAAUAGUUCCCCUUUCUUGUUUAUUAGCUGCUGGCACUGAAGUCAUGUCAUAGACGAAAUAUCACGCAUAGGGAUAUCAAACCUGGUGAGGAUGAAUGUCAUUUAGUUAUUGCUACUUAUUGUAUAAAAAAAUUCUUUGUGAUAAUUUUCUCAAGUCAUAGGAACAUAUGUUAUUUGACAGUCUUGUCUCUAGGACAGCAUGGCUAAAAGGUGGAAAAAAUGCAACUGUUUAAUAUCUCUCUUAUUUUUGUUUAAGGGAUUUACUUUGGAAAAAAAAUCCGGUUACAACUCUAGGAUAUUCCCCCCUCCCCUGUAAUUUUUUCCAACGUUUUAUUUUUCCCUUUGGCCCUUGCUUGUGCUCUGGUACAUAUGCCUAUAGCAGUAACGUUUGAGAAGAUAAGCUUAAAUUCUCCCUGUUCUUUCUAUUCAUUGUAUAGUAGGAGAGUCUGCUCUUCCCUCUAUUAUUCUGUUAGACUGGAUAUCUUCAAAAAGUCAUGUGGUCACCUUCAUUUCAUGCCACUAGUGUUUUCUUUUUCCUUCAUUGGUGUUGUGGGCUUCAGCGUUCUCUUCCACUGCGGCUGUGUUCUCUCAUGCUUUUUCAUUGGUUAUCUAUAUUUUUAUACAAGAUUAUUUAGUCAUUAUACUUUUUCAUGUAAAAAAAUUACAUUCUAUGAAAUCAAGUUCAUUUAGCAUAGUAGCAUAAUUACGUAAUCCUCUGAGAUCUACCCGUACUAGUAUUGAGGAGAGGAGAUUUUCCCCUUUUUUCUCUCAAUAGAGGGUAGUCUUCAAUAUGUGUGAGCUAUACAUUUCUAGCCUUUUCAGUAGGGUGCUUAUCUUCCUCAAUGGUAUUAAUUUCAAAAGUUGUUUAUCUACCUUAUACCCUUUUUCGCAUUACAAUAACAUCCGUAGUACAGAGUUCAUAAUUAGUAUCGAGCUUUUUAAUUCUUUCUUUGUUGUAUCAUAUUUUUUUGCUGUGAUUUUUAUAGCCAAUUAUGUGAGUAUCCUGUUGUACGUUUGCAUCAUUGUACUUUUAACCAUGCAAUAUUGUCCUUCAUCGUUUUUUUCUGCAGAAGAGUAUUAUAUAAUAAGGUUUUUAGUUCAAUACUCAAUGUAAUAAAGUAUUUCUUACUAUAGUUACUAUGAUUGUUGAGAAAAAAAAAUCGUGUGUACUGUAUCAUGAAUCAUGAAAUAUAUUUUUUGUUUCUUUAUGGUAGAGAAUAUGAUUAUAUGUUUUGAAGAAGUGGGCACUGGCAAAUGUUCAAGAGCAGUCCCAACAGGGGAAAACCAGCAUCACCUUAAAAUGUAUGCAUCUCUUUCAACUUAUUGCCUACUGAUCUCUUUAUCUAGUCUUAGCUAUUGAAUGCCUCUUUCCAAAGUGACCUUUUUCUGCAGUGCUGUGAAAUCAUGAUUCGCAUGUUUCUCAAAUUAAUCACGUCAGGCUUCCUAAUUCUAGUCUUGGAUUGCUUAGGACUUAAUCAUGGUUGAAUGGGUAGAUUCUAGCACGUGAUGCUUGAUUAAGCUGACCACACUCGAGCAUUAUUCAUACCGCUGAUUUUUCAUCUCAAGGGAUGUUACCUUCAAUGAGGAAGCAUACUAUAACACAUCAAAUCAUCAUGAUAAGAUUCAAACAUUAGAGGAUCCAAAAUUAAAUUUUUGACUUCCUAUUGCUGAUUUAUUACCAAAUCUCACUAUGGCUCGCAUUGAACCACCUAUUCCUAAAUCUACUCCUAAUGUAGGCCUCAGAAGAGGAAGAUUUGGCCAAGUAUAUUUUAGAAAAAAAUGAGGAUAUUCCAGAAUCUAUGCAUGUUCAAGAAUCCUCCUAGGAUGAGUCAAAUGAGACAUCCUAGACUAGCACCUUACCUAUUGAUGAAGACCUACCUAUUGCCAUUUGAAAGAGGGUAAGAGAAUGUAUUCAAAAACCAUUAUAUCCUAUAGCACUUUUUUUGUCACAUAAUAGAUUAUCACCUUCACACAAGGCCUUUGUAUCUAACCUAAAUUCUACCAAAAUCUCAAAGACUAUUUUUGAGGCUUUAACUCGUGAGAAAUGGAGACAAACUAUGAAUGAGCAGAUGGAAGUUUUGAAAAAAAAAUGACACGUGAACUUGUAUGUCUGUCAAUAGGGAAAAAAGUUGUUGACUGCAAAUGAGUGUAUACAAUUAAAUAUCAUUCAGAUAGAUCCAUAGAAAGAUACAAAGCUACGUUGGCUGUAAAGAGAUAUACACAAAUUUAUGGAGUUGAUUAUCUUGAAACUUUUGUAUUAGUAGCAAAAAUGAUACAAUCAGAAUACUUUUGUCAUUAACAACUAACUCUGAUUAGAAUCUUCAGCAAUUUUAUGUUACGAAUGUAUUUUUACAUAGUGAAUUAGAAGAGAAAAUAUAUAUAUGGAGGUACCACAUAGAUAUGAGAAGAAUUUAGAUGCUAAUAUUGUGUGCAGGUCAAAUAAAGCAUUGCAUGGACUGAAAUAAUGUCAUGUUUGGUUCGGUAAAUUUAUGAAAAUUAUGCUCAAGAUGGGAUACAAAUAAAGUCAAGGUGAUCACACUUUGUUUGUCAAAUAUUCUUCUUUAGGGGGAGUCAUGAUUCUAAUAGUAUAUGUGCAUGAUAUUAUUGUGACUGAAAAUGAUGAUGUAGAAAAAAGACUUAUAAGUCAAUGUUUAUCUCAAGAAUUCAAAAUAAAAUUUUAGGAAGAUAAAAUUCUUCUUAGGUAUUGAAGUUGCUUAUUCUAAAAAUUCUAUUUUUCUAUCUCAACAAAAAUAUGUGAUAGAUUUAUUACAAGAAACUGAAAAAACAACCUGCAGAUCAAUUAAUUCUCCAAUUGAUCCUAAUCUCAAAUUAAGUGCAGUAGAGGAGGACAUUGCUGUGCUCUACUGUACAAACUCCUAUUUUUUGGGGGCAGAUGUCUAUAAAAGAUAGAAUAGAAUGCCAACUGCACACACUGAGCUUGAUCUUCAGUACAAGUUUACUAACAAGUUUAAAUUGGAGGGAGAAGAAAGUCAUGUAGAGAAUAUAGACGUAAUCAUAUUGGAGUAUAAAAAAUUCAAUGAAAUUAUCAGGAAAUGGACGUAGAUUUAAUACAAGUGUGCACAGAGCACAGAGCAAAAUCAUCGAGGGAUUAGACAUAGAUUUAAUAGAAGUGUGAGUAAAGUGCACAGCUAAAUCACAAAGGAGCAAUUAUGCCCAGAUUUAAUAAAAGCAUGAGAAAAACACAGUGAAAAACAAAAACAAAAUAUUGUAGCUACAUUGAAAGAAAAAAUCUUGAAGGAGAUUAAGAACCAUUAAGCAACAAAUCGCAAGAAGUUAAAUAAGAAAUACAAGAUAUGGUGAUGGUGAAUUCACUUACGAAUCCACAACAUAUUAUUUUGAAGAGAACAGAAUGUAAAAAUUAUUCUAUUAGAUAUCUGUCUAGAAAUGUCACGUUUUUCUAGACAAUAGCAACAUUUCAUCCUUGCAGUCAAAUACUGAAUGGGUCACAUUAGGUGCCAUUGCUCUCCAUGCCAGUAUCUCUAAAGUUACUAUUAACAAAAGGGAAGUUUCUAGCCAAAUGAUCAAUAAAUCAUCUGACCCAUGAUCUUUCUGUGUUAAGCACAACAAAAAUGACAGAGAAUGGCCAUAAAGUCUGUACUGGGUUUCACUGCACACAUCAUUUGUCAGAAUGAUGUCAAUAAUGAUGGUGGAUAAGGAAAUUUACGUCAAACUAAGUUUGAUUUAUAAUCAAUAUUAAGUCCAUUUUUUGCUAAAUUUUGCUCAUCAAGCCAUGACUUUAAUAAAAGCAUGUUCUAGUAGCGAUACUUUAAUCUAACUUAUAUUACACAGUAGUUCAUACUUCCCACUGAUAUAUCUUUCUUUCUGUUUGGGUUGUCAACUUGGGAAGCAUACGGCUCUACCUUUGACUUCUAGUACUACUCAGACUUAUGCACUUUUUAAGGUUAACAUGACAAGAGAACAAGAUAAACAUAUUCGUUCUGGAUAUUGAGUCAAGCCCAGGUUGUUGGCUAAACAUUUUAGAGUUUUUUGUUGCUAAGGAAUGUGGUAAUUUUUUUCAAUCAGUGUAUCACAUAACAAUUAGUGUAUCCUCUGAACUUGAAGUCAAUGCAUGCGUUUAGUCAGUCUGAAGAAUAUUUAUUGCAAUGACUUGGUCCAUGCAUAAUCACUCGAGUAACAAGUGUUCAGAGUCUAGAAGUCAAUUCCACUCCUUUUUCUAAUCUGGAAUCGUCAUUCUGAGAGGAAGGACACCAAAAUAUGAGACAACUUCACAAACUGUUCAUCUAAUGUCGAGAAAAAUCAAACAACAAUUUUGUAGCACUCUAAUGAAGCAUUUCUGAUAUGAUAUAGGAGGUUUAUUCCUGAAUUGUCAAUGUAGAGGCUCAAUCUUUUAAAGAAGUUAAGCGGUCCUGCCCCAGCAUGCUGCACAUGAACUUUGGUUUCUGAGAAUAUGCUUUUCAUUUCCUUAUCCUUAUUGUCUCUUGUCAUGUAUUUUUUCAUCAAGGAACUUAGACACUGGACCUUAAGGUAACACAUUAUGGAAGUUCUCUCUGUGGUGGUUUUUGUGUUCCUUGUUAAAGUCUUGCCAACCACAAUCUUCGUGAAGAUUGUAUACACCAUUAAAAGUCAACAUUCCGCUGAUCCAAAAUUUCAUUAUAUAAUCAUUGUAAAGUAUCGAAACAAGCACUCCUAGGAGCGACUCAUGUGUUGGACCAAGAUGGCAACCCUGACGUCGAGAAAUCUGGCUUGAAGACACAAGGGAUAAAUCAUUUCCUUCAGGUUAAAAUAGACAGUAUGAACAAAAAAUCAGGUACAUCAGUAUGGAAACCAUGAUCGUUGUGAUUCCUGAGUCCGUGUUAUUUCCUCAAAUAAGUCAACAUUAUAUAGUAAUGUUUUCGUGUUCUAUUUGUAUCUUUUUGUGGUCUGAUAGUCUUUUCAUGUAUAAAAAUAAUAAGCUCCGUAAAUGACAGAUGUUUACGAUUGAGGCCUACCUAAACAUCAUGUAGACCUCUAGACAGAGUUUUGGAUGAAAUUAAUUCUUUAUCUUGUUCUCAUGUCUUCUACCUCAUUUUAUCUCUCCUCUAGUUCUCUUUAUCCUCCUCCCUUCUCCUCCCUGGUUCCUACCAUCCAAACACAAGUGAUCAUCAAAGAGACAGAUGGUCAGUCCUUUAAAUUUUCCAUAAUUUUUCAUCUAUGCUUGAUCUGCCUAAGUAUAAUUUCUCUUGUAUGGGACUUUCAAAUCUUAUUGUACCAGCAUCAUAAGAAAAGAAACCAUAGAAAGUUCAAGAAAUGGUAGAUUUCUACACUCUCAGAAACUUAAUUCAUAUAAUAGACUUUAAAAUUGGAGAGUGUUAGAAAUGAGCUUCAUUUUCAUAAUUUUUCCGCUCUGUUUUCUUUGAUACUGCAUUUUUCAUCUAUAUUUCUUUUCUGUCAUAAUAUUAGUGUAAACUGAACUUGUCCAGAUUGAACUGGACCGGUUCACCCUCUAAAUCUCUCACUAAUGAAUUGGUAUAAGUACCGACCCCAUGUGAUCCCUAAACUUGAAUCAAAUUAGGGUUCUAAGCCCUUUUCUAUUCCGUUCGUGUUUGUUCCUGUUUUUCCUUGAAUUGCAAGGAGGGAAGGAGGUUAAAGCGUGAAGAUUGGAGGCAUUAAGCUACAAGAAGAUAAAUGAAUUAGAUGUUUCUGAAUCGGGGGAUGUACUUUGAUAUAUAGUGAAUUGAGAAAAAUUCAAACUGUAGACUAAUGAAUGUCUGUUAAAGUCAGGCAUUAAGAUGUGACUUAUAAAUGUGUUCCUUUCUUGAACAAAACUUUUCAUUUGCAGUAAUGUCUUGUCUAGUUUUACUCCUCACCUGCAACCCAGUUUUCUUUUCAAUUUAAGCAUCUGCAUAUCCAGUCUAACCUCAGUUUUCUUCUUAAUUUAGGCGCAUUAUUGACUUUGGCAGUGCAAUUGAUGACUUCACACUCAAGAAUCUUUAUGGUUCUGGCCCCUCCAGGUAGUAAAGAUCCUGGUUAGAAUUUUCAUUGAAUAUUUUUCAUUUGUUGUCGUGUUAUGGGGAAUGCUUCUGCUGUUUAUGUAUAGCGGCUGGUAUUCUUGUUUUUUACCGCAAUCUACACUUGUGUGGUCGUGAGGUUUUUAUAAAAUUCUGGUUGUGCUGCUAUGUUUGGUGUUUCUAUUGUUUGGCUGUGGUGGCCAAUGUUCUCAUUGUUCUUUUGAUUGCGACCUGUGCUUGUACAGUCAUCAUGCCUUUAUAAAAUUCCAGCAAGGUGUUACACAUUAAUCCCAUCAAUUAAUAUGAAAGAGUGCUAUCUGAAAUGACUGUAUUAAUCUAAACUGACUCAUGCUGUGGCUGGCAGUAGUAUUAAUAUAUCUAGUUGAAUAUGGCGAUACCUUCUAGGAUGAUUAGAGGCUCCACACAUCUGAUUUGAUGGAUUCCGAGGACAAGAGAUUUUAUUAAGAGAAUAAUUUUCUUAUGUCAUAGAUCAUCCCAAGGGCAAAAGUUGAUGUAAUUUGGAUUCAUUAGAUGAUGUUAAGUAAAGUUCUAGGGAGAUGCGCCUUCUCCCCUGAAGGCAGUGGGCUAUAAGUAGAAUGCAAUUUUUAUCAGCAAAUUAGAAAACAAUAUUUCUGAUAUAAAAAUUUUUUGGGAAUAAUUCUCAGUUCUCCUAGGAAGUAAGGGGAGUUUGGGCACUCUGUUAUUGACUAAGCCAGUCUAGAGGAUUAUCAAAGGUUUAUCUAGCUCAAGUGAAAUCAAAGGUACCUGGCUUUCAUUUUGUUGGUUUCUUUGGAUAAAAAGAGUUGAAAACCUGGGGAGACUGCUUCAAUAUCCUGCGUCGUUUGAUACUGGUAUUGUAGUACUUGAUUGAGUGGAUACAAUGGUUGGUGUAGUGCAAUCUACAACGGGGAGUUAAUCCUUUACGGGUUCCUGAUGUCGUUUUUUUGGUAAAUGUUAAGAAUAUAAAGCACAGUUCCUUUUAAUGUAUAGCAAAAGCUUCCUUCCAUUAUUUUUUUCCUACUUUUUAAUUCGUUCCACCUGGAAAAUAUAUUUCAUUUUUUUGUUGUUUUAUGUUGAAUAUUUCCUACAGAUCUGAACAGACCUAUGAGUACAUGCCCCCAGAAGCCCUACUGAAUAUCAGCUGGUUUAAGGGGCCAAGGAGGACAACAAUGAAGUUUGUUUCCUUAUCUCAGUUUAGCUAACUAUUGUGUAUUCAACUUUCAUUAUCUAAAAUUUGAAAGCUCUCUCUUGACAGAGUUUUUGUCAUCUACAUGAUAGGUAUGAUAUGUGGAGUGUGGGAGUAGUUUUUAUGGAGUUGAUCUUGGGGUCACCGCAUGUUUUUCAGAUUAGUGACCGUACCCAUGCAAUGGUAGAUCAGCAUCUUGAAGGUUGGGGUGAUAACAUGAAGGAGUUAGCAUACAAGUAAUAGUCUGCCAACAUUCGAUCGUGAUUGAGCUUGAAAGUCAUUUACAUUUAUUUAUUGAUUUUUCUGCAUGAUACAAUGUUUCAGUUUUUUUGUGUUUUUCUAUCUUCGUCGAAAUUAUUGUCACGAACUAAAAAAUCAUUAAUUAUUUACUAGUGGUAACUACAGUCAUAUUAUUUAUGUUAUCAGUUAUUCCUUGAGAUUUAUGGAAGAUAGAAUACAUUGCCACCAACUAUUCUUCAGUUAACAGAAGUUGUGAAUGCUUCUUAUUUACUGCAUUUCUGUCAUGCUCGUCAUUUUCCAUGUUUCAAUGACUGUGCCAGUUAUUCUUUUGGUUAAUUUAAAGAGUUCUAUGUUGUAAUAUUUUUUUGUAUAUUUGAUUGUGUUGUUGGCAUUUUGAAUCUGAAAUUAAUUCGUUCAGUUACAACUUCUAAUAUCAAAAAUGCAGUACUGUAAACCUUAGAUGUGUAAAGAAUGUUUCUUCCUGUACUUUGUUAUUUUUAUCUCCUGGUAGAAAUAUGAAUUAGCCAAUAGAAUUUGUCCCCGGUUGAACAUUUAGACGACUAUCAAAUUGGGUCAAGUUUCUGAUGUAUGGGAUAGGUUGACUCGAAAUUGUCUGUUUUGUGGAGAUCAAAUGAGAUUUUGACUGACGUGGAGUCUUGCUGGGGAGAGGAAUUCGUCCAACUCUCCUUCCCUUUGGGAUUCCCAAACAUUUUAGAAAACACAUGCUUGAAUAUUUGGAAAACUAUUUGAUUAAGCCAAGUUCAUAAGUUUAUGCGCUGAAUAACCCAAAAUUGAUGAUUCUGGGUGAGAUCAUUUUCCUGGUUGAUUUAGCCUGAUUUUAUUGGAACUAGCCCAUGCUGACCAUGAAGUGCUACUAUCAGAGGAUAUAUGUACAAGUGUUGUUUUCUGAUAGAAUAAAAAGGGGGGGGGGUAAAAAAAAUAAAUCCCUAUCACAUGGUUUGACAAGUCAUAGAUACUAUUUACCACAUCAUCAUAAUAAAGAGACUCCAUAUAAUGGUCUUUUAUGAAUGUGGAGAUCUACUAACAUGACCAUGGUUGUCUGGUAACAGAAUGUACACUUAUUACAUUUAAUGAUCUGGGGAAUGAAAAUCUCAAUUAAAUUUUUAUUUCAAGCUGUUUGCAAACUACAGUCCAUAUUACUGCACUUCAAGAAUAUUAAUUAUUUACAAAGUAACAGUGGGAUUUUCCCCCCAAACUUUAAUCUUCUUCUUUCAGCUGAGAGGAGAAUAGAGCAUUUACUCUACCCUUGUUGGGCGUAAAGUACUGCCAAUCACCCUAAAAUUUAUGUUGAUACAUCAAAGAUCAUGAAACAAAACUGUGGCCGAAAAAGUUUGAGGCAUAGUCAAUGAUUAGAAAUUUAGAUUUAUUUUCCUGUUUUUCUCCUCACUAUAUCUUUCUAGGUUUCUAUGUCGUGCAUUGUUAACUUUUGAGUGUGCUAUAAUUUUUAUUUUCUACUUCUCAACACCAGUACGUAAACUUGUUUACCACGUUGUUUAUUCUUUAAUUCAUAAAUAUUAUUUAAUAUUUAUUGAUUUCAAAGAUGAGUCUAUCCUGCAAUAUCAUCUGGAAUACCAUAGAGCUUGGCAAAAUCAUAUACUCAAGUAGUCCCAACAAGCUAGGUAAACCCAACAACACGUAACUACUCAACACCAGUACUUAUCUUUAAAGAAACGUCCUUACAACCUGUUCUAUACUUGUUUUCCUCAAAUUUGGCCUAAUUACACGCAUAUUCUUACUGUUAGAAAUAGUGCUGGACUUUGAUCAUCUCCAAACACCUCCCUUCCUUUUUGUCUGUGCUAGCAGUGAACACGAGAGAGAGAGACACGAAAAGAAGAAGGCCGAAGCCCUAAAUUUCAUCACACACUAAUGCUUACAUGCUGGUUGGUAUUUAUACCGACCAGCUGUUAUGAAACGGGAGAGGGUAAACUGGACCGGUUCAAUUUGAACCGGUUCAGUCUAUUGUUUUGUUACAAGGUACGAUGGACAGAGAAAUAAAGGACGAAAUUAGUAAAUGAAAAAUUAUUUCUAACACUUACCUUUUGAAAAUCUGAGGAACCCAAGUAGAAUCAUUUUCUACUCUAAACAAUGUGAAAUUUUUUAAGGUUAUUCAAUUUACUUCGAGAAUAGUAAGUGGUGCUAGUAAUUUAAUUUUCAUAAAAAAAAACACAUAUUUUAUCUUCUUUGUGGUUAUUCGACAGGCUUAGGUCGCUAAUGGAAAUGUGCAUCCUAAUCCCUGGGCUUUCUACUCAAUAUCUUCCAGGUGGAGGUAAAGAUCGCGUAAGUGAUUUUCUUUACUGUUACCUUUAGAGGCCAAUGAAUUGUUAGUUUUCUAUAUUCUUCAUGGAAAAGAGUGCUGUUCAAUCAUUCUUUUUAUUCCAUCAGAGGUUCAUGUAGCCCGUAGCUUCCAUUUUUUGGGAGUUGUUAUCCACUAACCCACUUCUAUUAUAUUGUUUUCGUUAUGUUUACUUUAGGUAUAAUUUAUGGUCAGUAUUAAAGAGCAAUAAAACUUCAAAAAAGAUGGGAAAAGAGAUAUUUGAGAAUAAUUUUAGUUGAAGAAUGCCAGAUGGUGUUCUCUACAAGUAACUGAUCUUUAAUGUCAUGAGUGAAAAUGAUCUUUAGUUAACUUGGUCAGUUUCCUACGUUGGUUGGGCUGUUGGUCAGUUUCUUAGUUUGGUUAUCUCAUAAAUCGUGGUAUUUAACCUAUAGGUAGUUUUCCCUCUUUGGGGAUGGGGUAGUUGUAUACAACUAAAAAUUGCCCUAUGAAUUUUGCAUCAUGGAUCAGAGUGAUGCAGGGGAAGUGUGGUGGGUCUAUACCCACAGUUCCCAAGAUCGGAACUUGGCUCUGAUACAAUGAUGCAAACCAAACAAGGAUAAACAGUCGGGAAAAACUUGCGUCUUAUUAAUUCAUAGAAAAAUUUAUAGUUAUAUACAACUACCCCAGCUGCAAUGAAAGAAAACUAUCUAGGUUAAAUCCCAUGUUAGUCAACCAAACUAGGAAACUGACCAACAGCCCAACUAACCUAGAGAAAUGACCAACAGAAACUAAUCCUUAGUUACACGUUCUUUGCCACAUGAACAAUUAUUACGUUCUGCAUUUUACAAUUUGCAGUGUUCUGUCGAGAUUCUUAUGCAUUGUAUUUAAUUGUGGUCUUACAAUAACUUGCAUAAAAUCAUCCAAACGAUGGUAGUACUCAUCUUGUUGACACAAAACUUAUUAAAAGUCUUGAAUUGGAUUUCCACAUGAUUAGACUUGCUCUUGACUGGUGAGUUGAUUUUCUAUAAUGAAGGGUGGUUUCUCGCCAGCAUCAUGGAAAUGCACCGAAGAGUUUUUCGCUAAUCAAGUCAAGAAUCGAGAUCCCCUUAAAUUAGGGUCAGUAUCAUACGUUCACAGCCAUCUCUUAAACUAUGCUGAACGUUAAUUUAUUUGUUCAUAUCUUGUUAAACUGGAAUUGAUCCCUACGUUUUAUAUUUAUAUUGCAGCUUCCCUAACAUUUGGGCGCUGAGAUUAGUCCGUCAGCUGUUAGUAUGGCAUCCAGUAAGUAUGAAAAUUUAGAGUCCAAUCAUAUAAUAAUUCUUCACCUCUUUUGAUUAUAACUCCAUGAAUAGUUGGCUUCAUUGGUCGGCUUGGUACAAUUAUUUCUGCAAGAAUAUAUUCUUUCUGUGAUGUGUACAGAUGCUAAUUGAGUAUAGGAUCCUCUGCUAGGAUGUUCCUUCUGCAAGAACAUUUUGAGUAGUGUAUAGGCUAUGGAGGUGCUAAUUGAUGUCGCCACACUCUUUUCCACGUUGACACUUGCAAAACGAAGAGAAAAAAACCUCUUAUCAUGCUGUCUAGGAGCAUAUGUGCUUUGUGUGAGUUUCCAUAUAGUUUUCCCUCCUUCUUUAGGAAUUUUUUCCAUUAUAGGAAACUUCCUGUGGGGGCAUUUCAGAUGGAUGCGCUCACAAUCAGCAGCGAAAUGGACGAAAUUUUUUCAACGUUUACGAUCCAUAAUUGUGUUUGGUAAAUUUACCACCCACAUCUCCUCAGAUUCUUGAUUUCAUAUUCAGUUAUCUAAGAAAGUUUUGUGAGGGUCUUCAGACAGGAAGAUUUUCCAAUAGACCAUAGAAGAAAAAGUUAGGCUCCCCAUCCUAUAUCAAUCGUCGCAAAAACCGUUCUAUAUUGCCUUUGCAAUUAUUAUUCUAUUUUUUAUAUUUAUACUUCGGUCACUAUGACUAUCUUGAUCUAUCUCAUUCAUGGAUAUGUUCAACCUGCAGGAGGAGCGCUUAAGUGUCGAUGAUGCCCUGCAGCAUCCUUAUUUUAAAUCGGAUCUGUGA